CUCCGUAAUGCCUUCUCCCCAACAAAAAUACUAGAUACUCUGGUGUUGUUCUCCUCAGAAGAUAUUGGCCACAGGCGGUCAAUUUUCAGGCGUCCAAUGAAUUUCCCAAUUGGCAACCCCUCAUGGGGUCGUCAAUGGCCUCAAAUUCUAAUAGCACUGGCCAUCCUCUUCACAUCCAACUCUAUAGCAAUGGUUUCAAGCAAUUCAGAUGAGUACACGUCACCCCCACCACCAUCACCAUCACCUCCACCACCAUAUAUAUACAAAUCACCCCCACCACCAUCGCCUUCGCCACCUCCACCUUACUAUUAUAAGUCUCCACCACCACCGUCUCCAUCACCUCCACCACCGUAUUACUACAAAUCACCACCACCGCCAUCUCCAUCUCCUCCACCACCGUAUUACUACAAAUCUCCACCGCCACCUUCUCCAUCUCCUCCACCACCUUAUUAUUACAAGUCGCCCCCACCACCUUCACCAUCUCCUCCACCACCUUACUAUAAGUCGCCACCACCCCCAUCACCAUCUCCACCGCCACCUUAUUACUACAAAUCUCCACCACCGCCAUCUCCAUCUCCACCACCACCAUACUACUAUAAAUCCCCACCACCUCCUUCUCCAUCACCUCCACCACCAUACUACUACAAAUCUCCACCGCCACCAUCACCAUCUCCUCCACCACCAUACUACUACAAAUCUCCACUGCCACCAUCACCAUCUCCUCCACCACCAUACUACUACAAAUCUCCACCACCACCAUCACCGUCUCCUCCACCACUAUACUACUACAAAUCUCCACCUCCACCAUCGCCAUCUCCACCACCACCUUACUACUACAAAUCUCCACCUCCACCAUCGUCAUCUCCACCACCACCUUACUACUACAAAUCUCCACCUCCACCAUCGCCAUCUCCUCCCCCACCUUACUACUACAAGUCUCCACCUCCACCAUUUCCAUCUCCACCACCACCAUACUACUACAAAUCUCCACCUCCACCAUCACCAUCUCCUCCACCACCUUACUACUACAAAUCACCGCCACCGCCCAUGCCAACUCCUCACCCUUACCACCACCCACUCGUCGUAAAGGUGGUGGGAAAGGUCCACUGUUACAGAUGCUAUGAUUGGGGAUAUCCCAUGAAAUCCCAUGAGAAGAAACACCUGCAAGGUGCGGUUGUGAAAGUUACAUGCAAGACCGGCCAGAAUGAGAUUGUAGCCUAUGGGAAGACUAAGAUCAAUGGAAAAUACAGUGUUGAUGUUGAAGGUUAUGACUAUAAAAAAUGGGGAGCCAAAGGAUGCAAGGCAAUGCUCCACAUGCCUCCAAGGGGCUCUAUGUGCAACAUCCCUACUAACCUCCAUGAUGGAAAGACGGGAGCCAUGCUCAAAGUGAAAUCCAAGACCUAUGAAGAAGUUGUCCUCCAAGCCAAGGCCUUUGCCUAUGCACCCAAAUCCCCUUCCAAGGAAUGUGAGAAGCCCCACCCAAAACCACCAAUCUACCAAUACAAGUCCCCACCACCCCCAACCCCCACAUACUAUUACAAAUUCCCACCACCCCCAACACCCAAAUACUAUUACAAAUCGCCGCCACCUCCGUCCCCAACUUACUACUACAAGUCUCCCCCACCACCAUCACCAUCUCCUCCUCCUCCAUACUACUACAAGUCUCCACCUCCACCAUCAUCAUCUCCUCCUCCUCCAUACUACUACAAGUCACCCCCGCCACCAUCACCUUCCCCACCACCUACCUAUUACUACAAGUCUCCGCCACCACCAACACCUUCUCCACCACCUCCCUACUACUACAAGUCACCGCCACCACCAUCACCAUUUCCACCACCACCACCAUCACCAUUUCCACCACCUCCCUACUACUACAAGUCUCCACCCCCUCCAUCGCCUUCUCCUCCACCUCCCUACUACUACAAAUCCCCUCCCCCACCAUCUCCAUCGCCUCCUCCUCCAUACUACUACAAAUCCCCUACCCCACCAUCCUCGUCACCUCCUCCUCCAUACUACUACAAAUCACCACCCCCGCCAUCACCAUCUCCUCCACCUCCAUACUACUACCAAUCACCACCACCACCAUCGCCAUCUCCUCCGCCUCCGUACUACUACAAAUCACCACCCCCACCAUCGCCAUCUCCUCCACCUCCAUACUACUACAAGUCCCCACCACCACCAUCUCCAUCCCCACCUCCUCCAUAUGUCUACGCAUCCCCUCCACCUCCCACUCAGUACUCAGCAUGAGACCCAUCUCUUCUACUCACUCAUGUUUCAAGAGGGGUAGUGAAAGAUGGGAGCGUUGAAAGAGAGCGAGCUUCUUGUUUCCCGCUUUGUGGGUAUUUGGUAAUAAGUGUCUUAACCAUAUGAUGAAGAGCUUGAUUAACCUUGGUAACACAUGCCCUAAAGCUUCUAUGAUGGCCAUGCUACAUUUACUGUACUUGGCAUAUUCUAGUAGGAUUGGGUUUAAAAGAUAAUCUGGCCAGCACACCUGGAAAGGAAGAAAAGGAGAAGAACACCAUUGCUACCAUUAUUAUUAUUUUUUUUUCCUUUUUAUUUUUCAUGAUUUCUUUGUUUGUGGGUAUUUGUUUAUGAAGCUUUCUUGUGCUAUUUGCACUGAUUGCUAUUAAAUAAAAGAUAUUUAUUUGCUGU